AUGACUGAUGUUAUGCGGGAGAUGAUUGCCCAGCUGAUGGGUGGUCAACGUGCUGAAGAAGAAGGUCGGAAUCUGCCGGCUUAUGAUCACCACUCUGUUUGUCGCGCAUACUUACUGGAUUGCUGUCCUCGAGAAAUACUAACGGAUACCAGGUUAGAAAACACAGUAUCGUGCCGAAAAAUGCACGAACCGGCACAUCGUGCUGAUUAUCAGAAGGCUCAGGAGAAGAAAGAUCAUUUCUAUGAGAUUGAGGUAGGUUCCCAGUGGUUUGAAGAAAACGAAUUUGUAGGGAUUCUUCCUUUUUUGGUCCUCACAAUGAAAUAAUGGAGUCGUACGUCUUUAUUUUUUAUUUUAUUUGUUGGCUGAUGAUAUCUGUUUUGGAUUGUUGUGGAUUUAAAUUUUUUUUAACAAGCUUUUUUUCUUAUUUUACGGAAAAAAGUCUUUUACAAGGUCAAUACUUGUCUAACACACAAUCUUUAAUACUUAUCAUCAGUUUUACAUAAGAAUUUUUAUAUUAUACCAACUUUUAGGCAUUUGAUGCGUUGGAAGAAGCAGUGAAGACAAUCGACCAUGAAGUUGAGAAAGUCAGGGAAAAGAUUAAGAAGGAUUCUGAAAACCUGUCUGAUACACAUGAUUUUAUCAAGGUAAGUGUUUUCUAUUUAAAUUUAUUUUAAUUUAGGCGCAAAAAAUAAACGAACUCAACGAAAAAAUUGCCACAACAUUGGCCGAGAUGGAAACACUGGGUAACGAAGGAAAAGUGCACGAAUCAGUUGAAUUAAGUCGUACGAUUGCUGACUUACAACGAAAGAAGCAAGAACUUGAGGUAAGUAAUGUCCAAAAUAAAGUUUUUUUUAAAUUUUUAUUUAUCAAAGAAAUCAUUUUGGAAAAACAAGCCUUUUUAGAAAAGCUUGCUAUUUGAAAUGUUGUGAACGCCGUUCUUUAAACUAAGUUUUUUAGAGUGAUAUCAGAGGCGGGCAGCCUUAUCAACAACGCUUAAGAGUAUGUGAAGCGUGUGGAGCACAGUUGAAUGUUCUGGACCACGAAUCUCGGCUGGCCGAUCAUUAUGGUGGUAAGAUGCAUUUGGGAAUGGUGGAGAUUAGAGAAAAGUACGAGGAGAUGAAGAAAGUCAUUGAAGACAGAAGGACUGCUAAGCGAGAGCAUUAUGACAAGCAGCGAGGUUCCAGAAGCGACAGGGACAAGGAACGGCGAGAUCGUGGUGAUAGAGAUCGUUCGGAUAGGGACAGAAGCGACAGAGACAGAAGGCGGGAAAGAAGGUAAGUAAUUCCAAGUAUUACCUAAAAUAUCUUCGGAUAGUUUUUGAUCAAUACAUUUUUUAAUAUAAGUCAUAAAAAAGAGUAACAACCUAAUAAAGGUUUAAACUUAGUUGAACUGUAAUAUAUAGUCAUAAAGAUGUCCUUUAGGGAUAAAACAAUAUUUAUACGUAUCAGCGGGCUUAACUGAUUAGUUUUGUGCAUACAUUAUGUGGAAUAAUAAAUAUUUAAGCAGUUUUAUGUUAACUUAUGCGAAUUUCAGCAAAUCUCCUCGCAGAAGACGGCGAUCACGCUCUCCCGACCGCCGUCACAGAAGUUCAAGGGAUUACGACCGGUGA